UUUUAUGAUUAAGAUGGCGGUUGACUCAUGUUGCUCGAGAGAUCAACUACUAGCCAGAAUGUUCUAGCCCUUUCGUGGUUAAUAGUUAUAAUCGGCUGUGGGCUCUCAGAGAAACAUUGUAGGUUUAAAUACUCUCACGGAAUCUGAGGACACUUCAACAUUGUUUAGGUCAUGUCAGAUAACAGACAGAACAGGAGGUACCCCCAGAGCCUUCAGGGGGUUCUGCAACUGGCAGUAGAUGCUGGAUCAGCUGCAGAGGGUCCUGCUCCUUUAGAGCCCAUGUCAGAGGAGAGAAAAACCUGGCUGAGAGAAGCUCUUUCAGAGAUGUGCAAAGGCCAGCUGGAUGAAGUGGAGCAGGUUAAACAGUGCUUGGUUGUCCUACACAGAGAGGAGCCAGAUGAAAAGGAGCGAGAUGAAGAAGAUGAUGACGAUGAGCGGGAAGCAGCCUUUGAGAUGUUGUCUGAGUUGUGUGAGAAUUUGGACAAUGCUAGAGACCUGAUGGUUCUCGGAGGACUGGACUUGUGCGUCUCCAGGUAUCUGUCUCAUGUCCAGAGUGGGCUGAGGUGGCGGGCUGCCCAGCUCAUUGCUUCCUGUGCUCAGAACAUGCCGCAGGUGCAGGACCACUUACUUAAGAUUGAAGUUCUGCCCAAGCUGCUCCAGUUGACAGAUGCAGACCCAAACCCCACCGUCAGAGUAAAAGCUCUUUAUGCUGUCUCCUGUCUGGUACGAGAGCAGGAGGCUGGUCUCCAGGAGUUUGCAGCUCAUGAUGGCUUCUCAGUUUUGAUGAGAGGCAUGCAGUCAGAAAACGAGAAGCUCAGGACCAAGUCUGCUUUCCUUCUGCUAAGCCUGUUGACCUCACAUCCCGAACAUAAAGAAACGGUUGUGUGUAUGGGGAUGGUGCAGCAGCUGGUGUCUGUUCUCCGCUCACCACACUCAUCCUUUCAUGAACAUGUGCUGGGAGCUCUUUGCUGUUUGGUGCAAGAUUUUCCACAAGGCCUCAAAGAGUGCAGAAAUCCCACUCUGGCUCUAGAGGAAUUACUCAAGCAGCGUGCCGAAGAACUCCAGGGAAAAGAAGAGAGUCAGGAAGCACUCGAUUUCUGCGAUCAGCUGAGAGUUUUGUGUUUCAGCGGGCAGCAAUCGGACGAUAAUGGGAUGGAUCGCUAAAACAAAUGUUAUUUUUUUAUUUUCACUCAUGUUAGCAUCAGAACAAAAAAGGUAUCAGAUCAUUCAUGAGCCAAAUCAUGAAAAAGGAGCAACAUGUUUGUCUGUUUUGGGACUAUUUUCUGUUUAUUUUUUGCAUGUAAUCCAGGAGCUGCAUUACACUGUAAAUACUGUAUAAAGUUACAUUUCAAGACUUCCAUGUUUGCUCUUUUAAAAGUUUCUUGUAAAAAGAAACAUAUUCUACAUUAACCAGUAUGGAGUUUGUACUUUUAUUUUCCUGUUAACAGACAUCCAGAUGUUUGUUUAUGUGUAUAAAUGUGUAUAAAUGUAUCUAAAUGUUGGGAUAAAAGUCUGAAAUAUUAAA